AACAACAGCAAAGCAAAUUGCUGUGAAUUGUUGAGGAUCAUUGAGAUCUGCUAAAAGAGAUUGUGGCCAUGGCUGGUGACUCGGAGAACAAGAGGGGAUAUCGAACCAUCUUUCGCAGCAUUUCGCAGGUUUUUACCUCGAAUAGCAAACACACUCACACACAAAACAACAACCACCACACCAGCAACAACAACAUCAACAAUAACAACAACAAUAGCAACAACAUUAACAACAACAAAAGCGUAUCUGGCAUGGCCACUUUGAGUGUGAAACUGCCACAGCCACAGCCACCAGAUGCCAACUGUGCCGAGUGCCAGGAUGCCAGAAAAAUGUUCAAUGUGAUCGAGGCGAAGAAGCGAGCCAGUUCCAUGUACGAUCUGAAUGCUCCAACAAAUAUAUAUAACCGUCCCACGAGCUGUGUGAUUAAAGUACGUCGACCGGCGCCUCAAGUGCCGCUGCGUAAUCCAACCACAUCUCUGACUAAGCCUACAAACAACAAUAACAACAACGAUGACAUGGGCGAUGUGAAAGGGGAUAAACACAAGGAGAAGAUGGCGCUGCUGGCAGAGGAGGAGGAGGAGGAGGAGCAACAGGAGCAACAGGAGGAGGAGGAGGAGGAGGAGGAAUCCAUUUAUCAAACCAUUUGGCAGUUUAAAACUGUGGAGCCAGUGCCCGACAAUAAUAACGAAGAAGACUUUGAUAUCAUCACAGCGAACGAAGCGGGCAGCGAUGAUGACGCAGAUGCAGACGCAGACGCAGACGCAGACGCAUACGCAGACGUUGACAUCGACAUCGAUGUUGACGAUGUUGACGAUGUUGACGAUGUCGACGAUGUUGACGAUGUUGACGAUGCUGAGGCAGAGGCGGAGGCAGAAGCGUUAACAUUGCAGGCGGCCGCAGCAUUCGCAGCUGGCGCACGUCACAAGCUGCUGACUAAGCUGACGUCGACGGCGACGGCGACGCCAACAGCAACGCCGCUGCCAUCGCCGACAGCAUCAAUGGAUCAGGGUGCCUGGGAGACGGACGAUGAGUUCAUGUUUCAUGCCAAAAUUGCCGACGAGCAGCAGACGACGCUUAGCGUCGGCAGCACGGUGACCAACAGCACAGCGACGCUCGGCUCGAUUAGCAGCAGCGCCGGCAGCAGCAGCAUCGACAGCAGCGAGCCAACGUCGACGGCAUCGCUGCUGCUGACGCAUCCUCUGCUGCGCAACAUUUGCAUUCUUUACAGCCUGAAGGAGCCACAGAAAUACAGCGCCAUCUUCUAUGACUAUCAGCGUGCCCAGUUCCAUCAGCGUUUUAUGACGCGCAUACGACGACCAGCGCCACCGCCACCGCCACCGCCGCAGCCGCAGGCGACGUCAACGUUAGCAGCGACUGCAAGCAGAAUAACAGUUAUGUCGCCCAGCAACGAUGACAGCGGCUGCAGCUGCGAAGCGGACAGCGAGGAUGCAAUGCCCGAUUCGACGCUGCACAUUCCACAGCCGCUGAAGGAGGAUUGGGCGCUGGCUGUGCUCGCUGCCGCUGCGAGCAGCAAGCGUGGCGUCGCUGCCCGAGCCGGCCGCAAGCUGCGCGUCCGUUCCAGCGGCCGUCUGCUAAUGCCCAAUUCGGUGCUGGCAUGGCGUGAACAGCUCCAAGGUGUCAACUAUUGUGAGGAUGAGGAAGAUAUGAUUGUGCCAGUGACUGAUAUCCUGCGUGCCAAGCAAAUCCAGGAGGACAAUGAGGUGCAGCAGACGCAACAGACGACGAUACUGCAGCGCUACAAGAGCGUCUCCAGUGGCAAUCUGACCGAUCUGCCCGGCGAGGAUGAAAAGAAGUCGAUGAGUUAUCGCAUGCGCAUAAAAUUUGCAGUGAACAACAAUGUAUUUAGACUCAAUCGAUCGCCGAAGAGCGAAAAGAAGUCGCGCAAUCGUCGCAGCCAGGUGAACAGCCUCUGCCUGGAUGAGCAAUCGAAGUAUCCGCUGUUUGGUGCCCGUCUCAAUGUGCUCGAGCUGAACAUGUCGGAUCAUCCGUAUGUGCCGCGUUUCGUUGUCGAUGCCUGCGCCCAGAUCGAGAAGCCCGAUCACAUCGAACAGGAUGGCAUCUAUCGGGCCAGUGGCAACAAGCUGCACGUCGAUGAGCUCAAGCGGAAGCUAACCCAUCUCUACGAGCCGCGCUGGCUGCAAACGGACGACAUCCACACGUUGACCAGCCUGCAUAAACAAUUCUUUCGUGAGCUGCCCGAUCCGCUGAUUACCCAUGAGGCGUACGAGCGUCUGGGACGAUCCCUCACCGAUGAUGCGGCCAUCGAACGGAUGCGUUUGGCCUUUGAUGAGAUGCCCGAACCGAAUCGUUCCACGCUCCGCUUCCUCAUCAAGCAUUUGACCAACGUUGCAGCUGCGAGCAGCUUAAACCGGAUGCCAGCAUCCAAUUUGGCAAUUGUUUGGGGUCCCUGUUUGCUGGCUGCGAACGACAUCAAUUUCGAUAUUGGGCGCAUGAAUAUGCUCGCCAAGGUGCUAAUUGAGAACUAUGAGCUCAUUUUUCGGCCCACAAAUGAGCGACUUGUCUGCUAAUCAACAUACAACAAACAACCAACAAACAACAACAACAACAAUAGCAAGUGCAACAACCACAACAACCACAAAGGGAAAACAUCACACAAAUUGUGCGUCGCCUUGGAAUGGCGCUACUAUUUAAUAUUUAAAACAUUUCAUACAUACAUUUAUUAUAAUUAUAAUUACAAUUAGAAUUUGUUUUUUUUUUUUCUUCUUAACUGUCGUGUAUGCUUUAAACCCGCUUCCUCUUCUUCUUUUUUUUUUUGUUGUGUGUGCUAAUAUUAUUAUUUAUUUAUUGUUAAAAAAGCAAAAAAAAAAAAAAAACAAACAAA